GCCGCUUUCCACCGCUUGCUUGCUCUCGGCGGUCAGAGAGGGCCGGAGCGAGAAGAUGGCGAAGACGUACGAUUAUCUGUUCAAGCUGCUGCUCAUCGGCGACUCCGGCGUUGGCAAGACCUGCCUCCUGUUCCGCUUCUCAGAGGACGCCUUCAACACCACCUUUAUCUCCACCAUCGGAAUUGAUUUUAAAAUCAGAACGAUAGAACUCGAUGGAAAGAAAAUUAAACUUCAGAUAUGGGACACGGCGGGCCAGGAAAGAUUCCGAACCAUUACAACAGCAUACUAUAGAGGAGCCAUGGGAAUUAUGCUGGUCUAUGAUAUCACCAACGAAAAAUCUUUUGACAAUAUUAAAAAUUGGAUAAGAAACAUUGAAGAGCACGCCUCUUCAGAUGUUGAAAGAAUGAUCCUGGGUAACAAAUGUGAUAUGAACGACAAAAGACAAGUGUCAAAAGAAAGGGGGGAGAAGUUAGCAAUUGACUAUGGGAUUAAAUUUUUGGAGACAAGUGCCAAAUCAAGUACAAAUGUAGAAGAGGCAUUUUUUACACUUGCACGGGAUAUAAUGACAAAACUCAACAGAAAAAUGAAUGACAGCAAUUCAUCAGGAGCAGGUGGGCCAGUGAAAAUAACAGAAAGCCGGUCUAAGAAGACCAGUUUCUUCCGCUGUUCUCUGCUUUGAUGAACUCCUCAUUUCUGAGAGACUGCAGAAUACCUAGAGGGCCCUUCCCUGCCUCUCUGAAAGCACAGGCUACCCAGCCUCAGAGUCACCUCGCCUGGCUGCUGUGGAGAGCACCCUGGAACUCUAACCUCUCAACACAGACCACCAAGUGGAUUCCAGCCCUGUGGCCUAGCAAAAGAGUGGGCUCCUUUCUUUAAAAAUGGAAGCAAUGAUGUGGAGACACACAUAGGACCUAACUGGUUUUUCCUUGUUUUACUGCCUGUCCUGGAAGCUGCUGUCUUUCUUUGCACAUGCGUGUCAGCCUUUCCCUGGUACAGCGCAAUCUUAGACUCUUGACUGAGCACUUUAGUGGCAUAAAGUUCUAGACUUGUAUAUUUGGGGAUGCUUAAAGACAGCAGAGCAUUAAACGGAGGUCAACCUGCUAGAAGUAAAGGAUGGUUGGUCUGGGUCAUGUGGCCAAAAGUUCUUCUGUUGGUAGCAUUUAUUGAAGGGCUUUGAUUCGUAGUAUCCUAAAAAUCAUUAACUUUGAUAAAUGCUUAAAUUUUAUACAGAUGCCCAUCUAUCCAGAGGCCAUAGCAUUGUCAUCUUUUCUGGGGUCCUUCAGUCAUGCUCACCCCUGAGUAGUUGUGUCCCCUUUAAGUUGGCUGCCCUGCCUCCUCUGUGGAAACAGCCUCUGGAAAGCACUGCAGCCUCAGCUCGAGGGUUCUGUUUGCUGUCCCUUCUCCUGUGUGACUGGCUGUCAUUACUUACGUAUCUAAAACCCGUAGUUUAUACAAGCCCUGCUGUCUGCCUGUGUGCUUCAUGAGCAGUGAUCUUACGUAGGUAGAGAUGUGGUCAUCACGGCUUUCUGUCCGAAUUCACCUGUGGUCUUGUCAUGUUAGAAUAUGUAGUACAUUCUUUCCGAGUUUUACCCAUUAGCUUAUAUUACCCUGUUCUUAACCAGAAUCCCCACCUGUGAGAGUUAACAAAGGUUAGAUUUAGAUUUUAGUUUGUAGAAAACAGACAUACACAGAGAGAGAUUAAACAUGUUGCUGUAACUUUAAAAGACAGCUGUUAGUAAUGCUGAAAGAAAUGGUAUUUUUGUUCUAUUUGGGGUUUAAAAAAAUAAAAGUAAUUAGACCUAGCACAUCCUCCAGAAAUCUUGUCUUUUCAUUAGAGCACAUGUGAUUCAGGUCUCAGCUUUCAAAUAGCCAUCGCUAUGUGUCUAAGACCCAGCCCUGUGUGUUUAGGUUUGUCAUUAGAGAAGGGGUGUGGCCAUCCAGGCCAAAGCUCACCCAAGGCUCCACUGCCUUUCUCAGCAAAUGCUGGUUCUGUCGUUUCUUCUGUGGCUGAAACCACCACACUGGGGACAGGGAGGGUAUUUAGUGUUACCUUUUGUGCCAACUACAGACCAUAAUGUCACUACUGUCCUAACACAGAGGGCUUAAAAACAGGCGACAGUGGCAGUCACUCCCCUCUCUUGUGCUGUACGUUAAGAUGGACAUGGGUAACUGGUUACACAGACAAUUUUGCCUCAGAUUAAGACCUGGGAUUUCAGUGCUUGAACCAGGCAGGCCUUCCCAUCUGUGGGAAAGCUCAGCGCAUCCCAGUGGCUACAGGUGUACCAUAGUUAUUUUUGGUGGAUAUACUGACUUUACUGUUGACAAACUUCAGCCUCUUCUUCUUUUUCCCUAGUUACCUAUCUGCUUAAAAUCACACAUUACUACCCCCGUGCAAGCAGUGCACACACUGAGAACUGAUUACAAGUCUAACAUCGUGAAAUUAAAUACCUUUUGAAAAGAACCAGUAUUUUCUUAGAAAUGUCUUAUCACUACUUUUCUGGAAAAAAAAAAAGUUCAGGCGGUUUCAUUGGUCACAAAGUACUUUGCAAAAAGCACAGGUUACUGUGCAAAAAUUACACCACAUACGAAUGUAAUUCUCUUCGUGUUUACCUCUGACUGUUUGGUGUCUUAACACUUCGGUUUCUAUCUCAGGGGUUGUCUGCAAACCAAAACUGACAUGUUCCAUGGUCAGCUUCUUCUUUGCUUUGCUUUUGAUAAUUUCACUCUUCUCGUGUCUUUUGUGGGUUAAUAACUAGUCUCCAUGAACUUCCCUUUGAAAGAGCCUAUAAAUGUUAGGUAAGUCUAAAAGUGCUCUUUGAAGCAGCAGCAAUUGGGGAGUAUAUCCUUGUUAUAUAGAAAUACGUUGUCCUUGCUAUUUUCUUACAUUUAACUUUGCUAAAUUGUAUAUAAUUUGAACUCAGACCAUAGGAAAUUCACUUUCUGCAUGGUAGAAACAACCCAAUAAAUAAUCUACUUUGCUUAAUAAUGUACAUACAGUGCAUUAUUUUUUCUAUUUGUAGAUGAAUUUAGUGGCAGAUAAUUGUCUGUUCCCUGCUGAGACUGAAGAUAUCAGGGUGUGUGAGUGAGUGUGUGUGUGUGUGUGUGUGUGUGUGUGUGUGUGUACAUUUCUGUGGUCUUCUGGAUAGGGUACCUAGAGAUUUUUGCAGCAGUAUUAGUGGUUCAGUGGCUGCACUUUAUGAUUGUGCUAAUUUUUGACGAUUGGACUCGAAAUUUUCAUCUAGAUCCUGAUGGUAUCAGACAGUAAAUUGUACUGUAACUAAGUAGCACGUGAAUCAGUUGAUUGUAAACUGUUCCGCCAGGAACUUACUCUAGCCUCUUGUACUUCAGGCGGGUGGUAACAGAGCCAUCUACUUGUGCGUCAGUUGCUGCCACAGGCCUUCUUCCUAUUCAUGUCGACAUUUUAUGCAGUCUUUGUUAUACAUUUCCUGAAGACUAUGCUCUUUACUUUGAAGGACUAUUUUUUUUUUAAAUUAUACCUCACUUAGCUAACUAAUAUUCUAAUAACCAGUAGAAAACAGUGAGCCCGCCUCUAAGCAUCCAACACAUUUAGGCUGCAUGUUUUGUUCUGUCUUGUUUUGAACUGGAGGAAAAGAGAAAUGCUUUCAAAUAAGGCAUGCAUGUCAAUACUUAGUGGCAUACAAAAAUAUUACUUUCCUGUCCACCUAUUAAUGAAUUUAGUUGUGCAAUAUAACAGAUUGUUCUGCUGUUUAUGAGUAAGAAAUAAUUGUAACUGCAUUUUUAGUCUCCAAAUACUGAGAAUCUAUUAUGGCUUAUAAAGUGUUUUCCUAUGAGCAGUAAAAGAACAAGUUAGGCAGACUUUCUUCUCAAGCUUAUGACUUGGAUUCUUUUAUAAGUAUAGUUCUUAAUCUUUAAGGAUGAGAUUCUAAGCCUAGAAUUUUAAAACCACAUUUCAUUACGGUAGUUUACUGAUCUCAAAUUUUCUACAAUUCGAUUUUUUUAGACUUAAGAACAGCUAAACAAAACCUUCCUUUGUCUUUCUCAUCACAUCCAGUGGCAGAGAGGACUGUCUGAGAAUGAAGUCCCGUGAUUCAGAAGGAAUCAUAGCAGGUCAGGAUUUACUAAUAAAAGUUAUGACUGUCAUGUUCAUUAGAAGGAAACUAAAUGACUGAGUGCAUAAAUGAAGGUCAGCAAGCGUUUGUUUUAAGGAUUUUCCAGAUUUUACUUUGUAUCUUGAAGUGUGUGCCAUAUGCCGAGAACUAACAGGACUCCGUGUUUCAUCUUUGUACCUUUUUUUUUUUUUAAAGUGGACUUAUGGUCGUUUAUUCCUGUGGCCUUACGGAUGGGUUUGUCUUGACUAUUUGCAACUGAUGCUGCAGUUGCUUUAGUGCAAAAUGCCAUGAACUGUCUGACUAAAGUCAUGCCCCACCAUGGGGACUGUGGAGUUUCUUCAUAGACUUCUACUUGUGUGCUUACACAUAGUUUAUUUUGCUUCAGUGGCUUACUGUGGAAAGCUCCUGUGGAAAGCUCCUGUGGGUAGUAUAGACCUGCCCUGCCGCUAAUCUGUGGAAGCCAGUUCAUUAACUGUACUGAUACUGAUAUUGUGUUUUUUAAAAAUAAAUUUUAUUCCAGGUGAACUUUUUUUUAUAAUAAUGUUCAUCUAAAAUAAAAAAUUACAUGAUGAAAAA